AUCAUCGCAUCGCAAGCCACGAUACCACAACUAUUCCAACCCUACGCCGUGCUGUGUUGUCGCAACAUCCGCUCCUCCCCUCCUUUCGAUCGACAUCGGCUUCUAAUCCGAUUCUCUCCUUGGAUACGAGUCUUCUGUCUCUCGCGCAUGAGAUCCACCCUUUCGUUCUUUACAUGACAGUGCGCGUCCCGGCGCCUUCUCCUCACACCCGAAGGCAAGACAUAGCCGACUACCCAACACAAAGGCCACGGUAGUUGGGACGGUAUAUCAGCCGUGGUCGCGGUCGUGCCUUCAAUUAUAAUCCAGCGCCCCGAAACCCAGUCUUCUGGGCUUCUUCAUCCUUUGAGUACAUACAUCAUGGCUACUUCCAAUAACGCCGCUUCUGGCGCAUCCUCAUCAUCUACUGCGGGCAGUCUGGUUGAUGCAUCUGGAUAUAAAUUCUCCGAAAAGGAUGCAAAACCGGGGAAGAUCAAGUUGAAGAAAUCGGCCAAGUUGGGCGGGAGGAAGAAGGUUGACGAACCUCCUGCCUCCCCUGGCUCGUCCCCGAUACUUCCGGAAAUUGACGAAAAGACUAUGGCCGCCUUUCCGACGGGCAAACCGCGCGAGGAGGAUCAUUUGGAGACAGUCAUCUGUAAAACCUGCAAGAGGCCGGUCCUCAAGCAGAAUGCGGUGGAGCACAUCCGGGGUUGCAUUCGAGCGAAGCAGGAAAAGGCGCGGCAGAGGAAGGAAGCGCGUGACGCAGCGAAUCGGGCCAAGGCUGGUGAUAAGGAGGAUAAUGAUGAAGUCGGCGGGGGCAGCGGGGCUGGAGGACCUGGGGGCGAGAAAGGAGAAGGGGGAGACGAUUCGUCAAUGAAGGGCCAGAUGGGCGCGAAGAAGAGCGCCGUCAAAGGUACGACCGAGAUUGGGGCGAAAAAAGGCACGAAACGGAAGACGGAGCCAGCGGAUGGGGACGAAAAGGAUAGCAAGGAGCCAAAGACGAAAAAGAAGAAGCAGGAGCCGCCAAAACCGAAGACCGCCAAACCGAAGGGUCCUGUUGAUGUUGAGAAGCAGUGCGGUGUUACUCUGCCGAAUGGCGCGCAGUGCGCGCGAUCUUUGACCUGUAAAAGUCAUUCGAUGGGCGCAAAGCGAGCGGUUCCUGGACGUUCGCUGCCGUACGACAUGUUGCUACAGGCUUAUCAGAAGAAGAACCAGGCGAGGCAGCAGAAGGCUGCCAUUGAUGCCAACGCGCCGCUGCAGGACGACCAGGACAAUAAUGGUCCCGUGGACUCGGACGAAGAGAAGGACGCCGUGAUGGCGGCGAUUACGCGCUCACAGCCACAGCCUCUGGUCACUCACACGCUGAUCUCCACUAAGAAGAAGUACCAGUACGUGCGCAUCAAAGAGAUGCUGUCCCAUGCUUUGGGAGGCUCGCGCGGCGGUGGGCUUUUCUCCACCGGCGACAGUACCUCAUCUACGCCUUCCCUCUUCUCCGAUGGUAACCUCUUCACCCCCGUGGACGAAAUUGAUAUGGCUUUGCCGGUCUCCGCAACUGUGCCGGAUAAUGCGGCAGACGCCGAUGCGAAGACUCCGGCCGCGUCUGCGCCCAAGAAACUUUCCGUGGCAGCGAGCUCGUGAAAUCUUCCCUUACGCGAACGAAAGGGUGAUUGAUUCUUUAUGACUUCUGUGCUUAAGCAUGUUAGGUGGUUCCUUUGGGUUGGUGCCAGUUUGGUCUUGGGGGGUUCUCCCACGGCAUGGGUGAGUGAUUGACGGCGUUUAUUGGGUACCUCUACUUCUCUGUGCUCUUUUGACUUCUCUGAUGAUAUGAUACCCCGUGUUGAAUGCGCUAGGAUGGACGCAUGCAUUGUUGAUUUGGGCCGGUGUACAGUUGCGUCUAAUAUGGGUUGACUUGUGAUUUG